CGUAAGCCAAGCGUGAAUUUUUGGAAUGUCAUCUGCAAAAAAAUCGUAGUUCAGUUAAUAUCAUAAAAAUCAAAAUCAAAAUAACAAUAAAAAGUAAUACAAAAUAAACUUAUGAGUUAACAUUAAUCGCAAAACUACUAAAGAAAUAUAGAGCUACAACAGAAAAUUGAAAAGGGAGAAGGAGAGGUGUGAAGAGAAGUGGUUUUCCGAGAAGUCUUUUAUAGGCAAAAUCACUGAUGAAAACCGCACCUUAGAGGUGCAGUUUUCGUCUGACAUGUAGACCCACGUCUAUUAUUCUGCAUGGCAUGUCGGAAAUUAAUUGACCAAAACCGCACCUUGGGGAUGCGGUUUGUAUGGCAAAACCGCACCUUGGGGAUGCGGUUUCUUUGUGGAGAAACAAACCGCAUCUCCAAAGUGCGGUUUUGCUAGGUCAGGCCAAAACCGCACCUUGGCCAUGCGAUUUCUGUAGGUCAGACCUGAAACCGCUUGGCCAAGAUGUGGUUUUGGUCCAGAAUUAUAAAACGCACCUCUAAGGUGCGGUCCAUAAAAAAAGGGUGUUAUUAGUGUAUUUUUUUCGGCUGGAUGCUAUUUUUGUAUAAAAAAAUUAAAAAGUGCUAUUUCUGAAGAAAAAUCUCAUACAUUCAAGGCUCGCAGCAUCCAGACCGCAAUGUAUGAUGGGCCUAGUGGGCUUAGGCUAGGCCCUUUGAAUCAUAUGCUAUUCUUUCUGUUAUUUCCUGUGAUUAAAAUGUAAAAAAAAAAAGAGUAGAAAACAAAAGGAUGUCAUUGUCGCCGUAGAUCUAACUCUAGUACACCCGCCCACACCGGAUCCCAAUUUCACCGAAUCUCCGCCCACCUUCUGGAUAAGGGACAACACGUCAUUCAAACACAGUUCCCGAAUCAAUAAUAUUAAUAAUAAUACCACCCCAUUUCGGCCCCUCGUUUUCCCUUUCCCCCAAUCACCACCGUCCGAUCCUCGUUCGCGCACCUCCCAACGGCCUUGAUUUCAACACAAAAUCCACAGAAAAGAAAGCCCCACCGUACACAGUCUCUGCUCCUACUGUCUUCCCAUACCGAUUACCGACACGUGUCGCCCUUCCCUUCCCCACCCAGCUCUCUAUUUCACUCCUUUCUCCCCGGUCCCCACUCCAACAAAUUCCCUUCCACCGCUGAUCUCCGGUCGCCCUUCUUCUUCUUCUUCUUCUCCUCUUCCCCUUCUCCGCCAUUUCUCUCUUCUCUAGAAAUCUCUCUUGACACUCCUCGAUCGAUUUGUUUUCCCUUCUCUAAACUCGCCGGAGAAAAGAAACCCGAGCUGGCUAUGAAUGUUUUCCCGGCUGCCGGCGACGGCAGCGCCGUCGGUUGAGCUUGAGCAGAGGUUUCCAGUUUGGCGGAACGAAUUUGAUUAUAACAGUGUUCCUCGCAGAAGAAGGAGAAGGCGAUGGUAGAUCCAUUCAUUCUGGUUCGGGUUCGAUCCAAGACUUGGUUCCACAAGCGGAAAAAGUAGAUUUGAUCCUUUUAGGCUAAUCGAAUUAGUAAUUUUUUUACUUACUGUUGUUCUUCGCAAUCUCAAUAGAGCUUUUUUGUUAGGGAUUUUUGUAUUAUACUGCCUGCUGAGUUGCUGCUGUUUCUCCUUCGCGCUCCGUUUUGUGUUUCCUCCGAUUCCUGUACAGCUUUAAUCUGAGAGGGGUUUUGUGAAUACUAGUGUUCUUUUUGGUAGAAGAAAGCCUUGUUUCUCUUUUUAGUUAGAUUGAAAAACAGCGAUUGGGAAAGUGGGGAAGAUGAGUUUAGGAGCGGCGGAGGAAGGAUCGGAGAAGGAGAUACACAUCCCGGCUGAAAUCAACUGGGAAAUGCUCGACAAAUCCAAGUUCUUCUUCCUAGGUGCCGCAAUGUUCUCGGGAGUAUCAGCAGGGCUGUACCCUGUGGUUCUGAUCAAGACCAGGCAACAAGUAGCUCAAUCCGAGCUCUCUGCAAUGAGGACGGGCUACUCAAUCCUACGAAAUGAAGGCUUUCGAGCUUUGUAUCGAGGGGUGGGGACAUCGUUGAUGGGAACAGUACCAGCUAGAGCGCUCUAUAUGGGUGCUCUUGAGGUCACCAAGAGCUAUGUUGGGACAGCUACUGUUAGGCUAGGGUUUCCUGAUGCAACAGCAGCAGCAAUAGCUAAUGCAGCUGCUGGAUUGAGUGCAGCCGUGGCAGCACAGCUCGUAUGGACCCCUGUUGAUGUUGUCAGCCAGAGGCUCAUGUGCCAGAGUGGGAAGGCGUCGAUGUGUAGGUACACAAAUGGGGUAGAUGUGUUUCGGCAGAUCAUGAGGACCGAUGGGGUCAGAGGGUUGUACAGAGGGUUCGGGCUAUCGAUUCUGAUCUAUGCGCCUUCGAAUGCUGUGUGGUGGGCGUCUUACUCCGCUGCUCAGAGAACGGUUUGGGAUGGAGUUUGUUCUUACUUGAGUAAGAAGAACAAUGAGAAUGGUAAUGGUGAUGUUGCAUAUAAACCGGAUUCAAAGACCGUGAUGGCGGUUCAGGGGAUCAGUGCGGCUAUGGCAGGUGGUGCCUCAGCUUUGAUUACAAUGCCGCUUGAUACGAUCAAGACUAGGCUGCAAGUCCUGGAAGGUGGGGAGGAGAAGCACGGUCCAACUGUGAGACAGACAUUUCGGAAGUUGGUUAAGGAAGGUGGCUUGAUGGCUUGUUACAGAGGAUUAGGACCGAGAUGGGCUUCAAUGUCGAUGUCAGCAACGACGAUGAUCACCACGUACGAGUGUCUCAAACGGCUUUCGGCAAAGAAUCAAGAAGCUCUGUAAUGAUAGGAAACCAGAAUCUGAGGUUUAGUUCUUUUUCCGCCCUCCUCUUUUUUAUCUGUCUAAAUCUGGUUGGAAUUCAAGUUGCCUUUGUAGUUUUGCUUUACCCAUUUUACAUCUCUGUCUGAAAAUCCUGUCCUUUGCCUAGUUGGCUGAUCAAUGUAACUGCCUUCAAGGCUGUUCAUUAGGUUAUCUUAAGAGGAAAGCUUUUCUAAUCCCAUUGCUUCAGAACUCUGCUCCUUGUUAACACUGGUGUUUGUUUGAUAGCUCGAGUAGUGGAAGUUAAUGAACAUGAAGGAAUCUGGGAAAAGUGGUUUAAUUGUGAGUUUUGGAACCUUCUUGGAUAGUGAUGGGCACUUGUAAGUUGUAAUUGGUGCAAGGACAGACUUUUUUAGGAGAUCUUGUGUCUUCUUGUCUGCAUUUGGGAUACGCUUUUCAUAGUGGUGACUGGUGGGGCAGUAGGGCUGCUAAUCUUAAGGGAUGAAAGUGUGAUCUUCUACAAUGUGUUCUUUGCCCCACCAAUUUCUGCUUUAAGCUAUCAGUACUGUAGCAAGAGAGUUCAGAUAGGUUGCUGAUGCUGCGGGAUGGAGCAGAUGUUUACCGGGACCGUCGGAUGGCACAUCUCGAGACUGGUCUACCCCAUCCAAGGGUUUCGUCACGCACUCAAACGAUACAUCAUUUUCAGAUUACUACCCUCGAGCAAGGCCGUGAUCCCCGUUCACUGGAGAUGCCCGAUGGAGCGAUUUGGCAAUCGUUUCGUCGGCUUAUCAGUGGCCUAAGACUAACAGCUUGAAAGACAUUGCAGCUGCUGCCUGCCAGUACCUCCUAGCAAAUCGACUCUCACCAAGGGGUUUUGUAAUUCUUCAUCUCGGACCCGGCAAGUAUCCUGUCCGCAUCCAUGUCAAACCAAAAGAUUAAUUAUGGACGAUCAAAACCAGUAUGAUUUUUAUACAACUGUCAGUUUCACCACUUUUAUCUCUGGUGUGGUGCCUGCGUGAACGUUGCAGUCUUCAUCUCAUAGGGAUGGAUAUUCUUCAAACCUCAUCGAUCCUCAGGUUCAACAUUAGCCCAAUCCAAUCAAUUUACGUAUAUCAGCAAGGACUAGUUUUUUAGAUUUAGGACAAAACCGUGCAAGGAUUAUCUACAAAUUCAGAAAACCGAAAUAAACGAGAUGAGCUUUGAACAUUUAGCACCACGAAAUGCAUACAGUAUUCGAGUAUCGAAAGCAACCCAGUAACCCACCCUCCCGCGUCGUCCAGUGCCCUUUACAGACAAAUCAAGAGAGGCUUUUCCAUCUUUGAGGGCACUGAAAGUUCUUUCUUUUUAUGAUCUUUCGGACGAAGUAUCCCAUCCUGCACUGGAUCUGAGUUGAAUCCUCUUAUUUCUUAUUAGAGAUCUCGGCUUUAGUGAUCUUCCUCUAUUCGUAGGGGAGGGAAACACAGUGUUCAUUUCAGAAAUGAACAACUUACCUCUAUCCGUUGGAGGCGACGGAAACGAUCCCGGCUCUUCGAGCCUUACAACUGGCAAUCGGGUCAGGUUGAGUAACUUCGAGUUACGUGCUUUCUACUUAAUGGUCGUAGUAGAUCGGAUCAUGUUAAGUUGGUUGAUUUUAGGUCAAAUAUUGACCGAACCUAGAAUUUUUUCAAAUUUUGAGUUGAUGUAACGUGUGUUUUCACAUUUUUUGAAUAACACAAAUUUUCAUAGGUGUAUGAGAAUAGUUUACGGAAGACAUGCCUUUUCAAAUAUUCUCAAACUCUCACAUGUUAAUGAAAAAGGAGAGUAAUAAUUCUACAAGAAUCAC